CUCCCUGUCUCUCUAUCUAUCAAUGGCGCAGCAAUCCAGAGAACCCCAAACCCUAGAUAUUGCCGAGGAUCUCAUCACCGAUCCUUCCCUGUCUCGAAACGCCUCUUUCAGCCGCCUCAACGCCCGUGCUCCUGAGUUCGUGCCAAGGUCGCCGUUGCCGGUGAACCGCGGUGGUCAUCGAGUCGAAAACCAGCAUCAUCAGCAUCAGCCUGUGGUUCACGUAAUCUAUCAUCAUCCUCCACCGCCGCCUCCGGUGAGCCCGCAGUUUGUUGUUCCGUCAUCCAGUCCUGGGAUAUAUCAUCACCAUCAUCAUAAUAAUCAUGAGUACUAUGAGGAGGAUGUAAAUCAGGCUACGGCACGACAGGAUCCCGCGAAAGAAGGAUUGUCUGACGAUGUCACUAACAAGAUCACCAAACAGGUCGAGUACUACUUUAGUGAUGCAAAUUUGGCAACCACCGAACACUUGAUGAGGUUCAUCACCAAAGAUCCUGAUGGAUUUGUGCCAAUAACAGUUGUUGCAUCUUUUAAGAAGAUCAAGGCUUUAGUCCACAGCAAUUCCUUGCUUGCUGCUGCUCUGCGAACUUCAUCAAAACUUGUUGUUAGUGAAGAUGGGAAGAAGGUUAGACGCCGGCAACCAUUUACUGAAUUGGAUGUUGAAGAUUUGCAGUCGCGUAUUGUUGUUGCUGAAAAUCUCCCAGAUGAUCAUUGUUACCAAAGACUUAUGAAGAUUUUCUCUGUAGUUGGGAGUGUGAAGACAAUCCGUACAUGCUAUCCUCAGGCCCCUAAUGGAACAGCUGCUGCAACAAACAGAUCCUCAAAAUUAGAUAUGCUUUUUGCUAAUAAGUUGCAUGCAUUUGUGGAGUACGAGAGCAUUGAGGAUGCUGAGCAAGCAGUUGCUGAGCUUAAUGAUGGAAGGAAUUGGAGAAAUGGGCUUCGUGUUCGUUUGUUGUCUAGUUGCAUGGUCCCACCAAAGCAAGGGUCAGCUCGAGGGCGUAAGCCAGGGCAUGAAGGUGAUGGAAAUGUAGAAGAGGAGAAUGCCUUCACAAGUGACCAGACAAAGGUCAAGCACAUGGACCAGGAUCCUUCGCAGACAGCUGAAACUGCACAAGAACAUGUUGUUGAGGAGAUAGUUGUCAAUGACAAGGAAAGUGGAACAGCAAAGAGGGGGAAGGGAAGGGGCCGAGCAGGUAAAGGGCGUGGACGAGGAGGGCCUCACCAUAACAGUAACAUCAAUAGUCACCAUGUUGGUGGGGGCCACACAAUUGGCACUUCGCCUUCCAAUGAGCUGCCAACUAUCGUAUCAAGGCAGCCUCCUGGGCCUCGCAUGCCUGAUGGCACAAAGGGAUUCACCAUCGGUCGUGGGAAGCCUCUUCAACUGCACCCGGGGCAGUAACACAGUUUGAAUGAUUGAUUGAUUCAAAGAAUUAUGCCCUUGAAUGAUAAUAGGACAUCCUCAGACUAAAACGUAAGGGGUUGGGUAAUGUAUGCUAUAGGGGUAUGAAAUAUUAUAUUGGGGUUUCCCCAAUGUUCUGGGAGCAUUUUGAUGUCUUUAGGGGAUAUGUAAUGCUGAUUGGGCUCGAAUAUUAGCCGUUGUCUCAUCUUUAUUUUUGGGUUUUUUACCUAUAUACCCCCAAAUUUAUCAUAUUUUUGAAGUUAUAUGAA